UCUAUGUUACAUUUAUGGCCCCGUACAAACAAGUUUUUGUAAAAAAUAGGCUAACGAUUGCGUCAUAACCACUCUUCUCUCUGUCGCAUUACCGUACAGACAGGAGGAGAAGCUCGCAGGCAAUUAACUUAAUAUGGCGUACUGGCGUUACAAAUACUAUACAAAAUAAUUAAUCAGAAUACUUACUCCUGCUCACUCACGACAAAGAACUCCCCGCUCAAGCUUGCCGUCUUUGCAAGAUUAAUGAUGGCAGUUUGCGCGCACAGCUACUAGAACAUUUACAUCUGUCAGACAGGUUGCUGACGUCGUCAACCUUCGUUUGAGUCUGCGCGUCAGAAAUGGAAGUGCUAAAAAACGCUAAAAAUGGGCUUCAACUGUCUCAGUUGAGUUCCAAUGGGGUCGCUGUGUCCAUUUCUUUUACUGUCUAUGUGUGGACCCACCCAGAGGCACGUUUUCUGUGAUUUCUUAAAAACACAGCGUCACCUUUUGGUCAGGAGAAAAUAUAUGAAUCUGCUCAAAACCAACUGUAUAAUAAGUAAUGUGUUCUAAAAGUGUCCUAUCAGUUUGAGACAGCGACAUCUAGUGAACUUUUUGUGUAUGCUACAAAUAUCUCUUUUGCCCGACACUCAUCUUAGUUUGUUUGGCUGCAGGUCUAGCUGAAUGUGGCUCGUGGAUAAAGCUCCUGAUUAUCAUAUAUUGUGUUGAACCCCACCUAGUGCAGUCUUAGAUAUGUACUGUUGAGUUUAGGCAUUGUGCUACUUAUAUAUAACACAUUUCUAUCUCAGUUUGACAUUUACUGUAGGUCAGAGAAAAACAAAAUUAUGUCUUCUGACAUUUAUCUGGUUGAUUACUGAGUGUAUGUUGCUGCCUGUGAUACCCCAUAAUCCUGUGCCUAAAUCAAUAAAAUGGCAUCUUAUGGCACAGUUGAAAGUAAAUUCAUAUAUAAACGUGUGUGUGUGUGUGUAUCAGCUUAUGAUUCCAGUUUUUGCUGAAAAAAUGAUCAAACAUAAUAUUUGCCUUCAGUAUAUGCUGCUUACUGUACAUCAUCAGCACAAUCUUCACUUCUGGAAAAUUUCCCACCGCAUGUAAAUAGACUGCCACUGCUCGGAAGGCAACACUUCACAAACAUGAAAAUCUGCUGAAAAUGUCUAUUCAGAUUUUGAUUUGAAAUUACUAACAGAAAAUAAUACAUUACUAUUAGAAAAUGACAAAAUAUCUCAAGGUUUAAUUUGAAGAGCUCAUGUAACAACAGCUUAUAUUAAAUUCCUGAGUGGAGUUUAAUGGUAAACAUUUUCUGAAGAGUAAGCAUCUCCUUUCUUAAAAAAAAAAAAAAAAAAAACAGAAAACAUAAAAAUAACUCCAUUUCUUUUGCACUAGUGUGUCAAUAAGAAACGGGAAGGAAGUAAAGUCAGCAGAAAGUCUGUAACGAUUUAUUCAACAGUAGAAACAGCAACACACAUCAGAGAAAAACAAAAUGAUGAGCAGCUCUCUGUCUUUCAUUGUAUAUGUGAAUUUACACAAAGUGAAGAUCAUCGAAGUGAAGUGAAGUGAAGUGAAGUGAAGUGAAGUGAAGUGAAGUGAAGAAUCAUCGAAGUGAAGUGAAGAUGAACUCCAGUCUCUCAUCGCUGAUUCUGCUGCUGCUCAUUCCAGGCCCUGUAACAUUAGACCGCCUGACUGUGACCUGUAGGCAACAGAGUAUUUGUGCUGUGAAGGGGACAGAAGUGACACUGAGGUGCUCUUACUCCAGCUUCAACAUCAAAUCUGUUUUCUGGUUCAGUGAGAAACAAAGAACAAACUGGAGAAAAAACAAUGAACCUGAAGAUUUGACUUUAGACUCAGAUUACUCAGGACGGGUGAAAGAUGAGAUCUCAAGCAGCUAUUCAACACUCACAAUAUCAGACGUGAGAGAGAGAGACUCUGGAGAAUAUCAGCUCAUGUUCAUCAUGAAGGAUGGAGUUAAACAUCUCAGCUCAGCGGCCGUCAGUCUAACAGUCACAGUCCUGCAGCUGAGGAUGAAUCCUGCAUUUAUAGACCUGACAGAUGAGACAGUAGAACUGAUCUGUGAUUCUUCCUGUGAUUUCACCUCUGAAGAUCACUAUAUCUGGAUGAAGAAUAGACAGCAUUUAAGAUAUACACAGUCCCCCAAAACAUCUGUGUCAGUCAGCAGAGAUGCUGACAUCUUUUCCUGUUCUCUUUAUCCACAUCGUGAACAUCCCUCCCCUUCUGUGUGCAUUUCUAAGAGUGGCUGCUGGGAUGUGACUUACUCCUCAAGAAGAGUCUGUGCUUUGGUCGGCUCAACAGUAGAUAUUUCCAGCACAUACACACAUCCCUCUGGUUAUACUGUAUAUAAAACAUUCUGGCAUUACCCAUCUGGUGACUUAAAGGAUCUGCGUGAGGAGCAUCAGUUUGCUGGUCGUGUGGAGUAUGUGGGGAACAAACUGAGAAUCAAAGAGCUCAAGAUCAGUGACUCUGGAGAAUAUCGAUUCAGGAUCAUCACUAACACGACAACCGGCAAAUACUCUGGAUCACCUGGAGUCAUUCUUACUGUUACAGAUACACAGGUAACAAGAAGCCCAGACGUUAUAUCAGAGGGACAGAAAGUGAUAUUAAUCUGUUCAACUAAAUGCACUCUGAACAACAAACAUACUUACAUCUGGUACAAGAACGGACGACAGGUAACAGAUGGAUUCACUAAAGACAACAAGCUGUACCUGGACUCAGUCAGAGAUGAAGAGCUUCACCAGUAUUCCUGUGCUGUAGGAGACCAUAAGGAGAGCACAGUGUUACGAAACUCUGCAAUCAUACUGUGUGUGAUUUUGGCUCUUGCACUCAUAGGAGUCCUGUGGUAUAGGAGGAGAAGCUGUCCCUUGUCUAAAACCCACAGAAUUGAAAAGAGAGAGGAGGAGGUUCAGUAUGACUCGGUGCACAAUAACAAUGCACCCUCUGACCUCACGCAGAAAGCAGAUGCCACCGACAAUCAAGAUGUUCAUUAUUCCAGCAUUAAUUUGAAAACAAAACACCCAUCUUCAAUCCCCACAGAUGAAUAUCCAACAGACAGCACAGACACAGAGACUGUAUACUAUGCCACUGUAAUGUUCAAAUAACAACAUUGUUAUUGCAUUUGGUAUGUUAUUGUAUUUGGUAUGUUUAAAUUGUAUAAUUGACUAUUGCCCUUGGCAGCUGAUUUCGUACACUGUGGUUUUCUCAUGAUCAUGUAUUACUCCUUUUAUCGCAAUAAAAUAAUUACAGUGCAAAUCAA